CCAAGGGCUGCUGCCAGAAGGCACCCCGCGGGAAAGAGCUUUAGGUUUGCUCAAGUUCAAGGACGGCACGAAUUCGACCAAGAAGGAUUCUCACUGUUACUUUCGAGGUACUCGCAGAGCACAGCCGCCAGCUACCAGUCGCAAUGGGGCUGGUGGUCACUCUUCUGCAAACGAAGGGGUGAAGACCCAGUCAGAUAUGUUCCGGCCUAUAGCCGUCAAGAGGAACAACUGGUCAUCGACUUCCUGGUCCACUGUGCCUCCAAUGAAGCCAAAGCACCGGGCACCAUCAAACUGCGACUUUCCGCCAUACGCAGCAUGCACUUGACGUUGGGAUACCCAGAUCUCUUGAUGCACACGCCAAGGAUCCCGCUUGCCCUGGCCGGGUUGCGACCCCGUGACUCCAGACAUGUUGAAAUGGCUUGGGGAACAUCUGCAGUAUGGAAGGGCCGAGGAAGCUAGCCUCCUUUGGGGCGCCCUCACCUUGGGAUUUUUCUUCCUACUUCGGGCUUCGGAAUACCUUGAUGUCGGGUACCAAGAUCCCAGAAGAGGCCUGCGUGGGUCCGACGUCGCCUUGAAGCUCAAUGGCAAUGCCGUGGCGCUGAACCGGAUCAGCGAAGUUGACGAAGUCACCCUUCUGGUGCAAGGAUCCAAGACAGACAUCUACAAUCGGGGACAGGUCAGAAACCACUUUCGCACUGCGGAAAAGGUGUGUGUUGUGAAAUCCGUCAGGGCAGCCAAAGGUCUGGGACUCCCGGAAGGGGACCUCACCGCUCACUCGCUGAGGUUCGGUGGGGCAAGUGCCCUGUGGGCACAGUACCAAGACACCUCCCUAGUGAAGCGCUGGGGACGAUGGGCUUCAGACAGCUUCCAAACCUACAUAUGGGAGGCGCGAGAGAAUGUGAAAGGCGUAGCACAGAAAAUGAUCACGGCAGACCUCACUCCAAACUGA